AUGGCCGGGGGCUCGGUGUUGAGUGUAAAGUACUUGUUCAAAGUGCUGGUCAUCGGGGAAUUAGGCGUCAGGAAAACCAGCAUCAUCAACCGCUACGUGCACCAGCUUUUCUCGCAGCACUACAGGGCGACGAUCAGGGUCGACUUUGCACUUAAAGUUAUCAACUGGGACAACAAAACUCUGGGUUUAAGGUUACAACUGUGGGAUAUCGCAGGUCAGGAACGAUUUGGGAACAUGACGCGGGUGUACUACAAAGAGGCUGUGGGGGCAUUCGUGGUGUUCGAUGUGACAAGGGGCUCCACAUUUGAGGCGGUGUCUAAGUGGAAGCAUGACCUGGACAGCAAGGUGAAGCUGGCUAAUGGCAACCCCAUCCCCUCAGUGCUGCUCGCCAAUAAAUGUGACCAGAAGAAAGAGAGCUCCAACAACACAGCCCUAAUGGACAAUUUCUGCAAAGAGACUGGCUUUCUGGGCUGGUUUGAAACCUCCGCUAAGGACAACAUCAACGUGGACGAGGCAGCACGUUUCCUGGUAGAGAAUAUCUUGGCUAACGACAAAGGUUUGCCAUAUGAGGAGAGCAAUGGAGACCGGAUCAAACUGGACCAGGAGACUGUGGCUGCUGAGAGCAAGUCAGGUUGCUGUUGACAAUUGAUCCAUUCGUAUUAGCCAUCCGCCUCCCUUUGGCAGGGUCCAACCCGAGGACCCAGCCUGUGGCUCUCAGCCCUCUCCUGCAGCCUCUCUGAGGAAUAUGAAUUAUUGAGUCUUCAAAGCUUCAGGAUCUUCCCCUCUCUGCACUGAUGCCCGUUUGUCCUGCACAUCCAAUUUUCUCAUUGUAGUUUUCCCUAGGCCAGAAUAGAAGCCAAAUUUUAUCUUGAUGUUGUUGCAAAUGUCACUGCUUCUCUCAGGCUGUUUCCUUUUUUGUCCCACACCUCCAAACCACGACAUCUUUAUUAUUGUGUUUGUCUCACUCCAUAUUUCCUUGAUUGUGUAUUCAACCACCAACUAUGAACCCCACCCAGCCCACCACACUUGAACCCUGCUGCUCCUCCUGUUGCCCUGACAGCCUCUGAAGCUCUGGACUAUACAACGCCUAAAAAGGGGUGCCAACUAAGCAGAGAUUUGUGAAACACAAGCUAGAAAACAACCUGUAGCUUUUUAAUUUUUGUCACUUUGGUCUAUUCUCUCUCAGUAUCCUUGUCAUUCAACAUGUAUAUGUGAAACAAGACACUUUAUUGUUAAAGUAUUUCUUUAGUUAACAUGGAUGGACGUAAAUGACAAUAAUUAUUUUCAGCACACUCCUGUUUGUGUUUCAAGCUGUUCUUUAGACCAGUGGUUCCCAACCUUUUUUCUUGGCGCCCCCCCUACUCAUGUCUAAGAAAAGCUGAGGCCCGCCCCCCGAAACCGAAGUUGAGGUAACUCUCAAGAU